UCUCAAUCUUUCAACUCUUUUAACCACCUUCAAGCUUUCUCUGCAAAUUUGCCAUUUUAUAAUUUCUCUAUACAAAAUCAUAUACCUUUGUAAAUUGAUUUUCUACAAAAAAAAAAAAAAAAAAAAAAAAAACCCACACACAUUACUAAUCACAUGGCAAAUCAACCUUCUUCUUAUCCAAUUCUUUGUGCUUCUUUCAAUCAAGACAACAGUUGCUUUGCAAUUGGAACAAGGGAGGGAUUCAAAAUCUUUGAUUGUAAUACUGGAAGACUCCUUUAUGAAAGAGCUGCUGGAGCUUUCAUCAUAGUAGAAAUGUUGUUUAGUUCAAGCCUUCUCGCAAUUGUUGGAGCUGGUGAACAGCCGUCUUUGUCGCCUCGAAGACUGUGUAUGUUUAAUACUGUGACUGGAGUAGCUCUUCAGGAACUAAACUUCUUAACUUCUAUACUUGCCGUUCGCAUGAAUAAGAAAAGAUUGAUUGUCAUAUUGCAGGAGAAGACAUUUAUUUAUGAUAUAAACAGUCUUAAGAUAUUGGACACAAUUGAUACGGUGCCGAAUCCAAAAGGACUUUGUGCAUUUUCACCCAGCUUGGAUGGUUCAUUUUUGGCUCUUCCAGCAAGUACAACCAAAGGAUCUUUGUUAGUCUAUAAUGUUUCCGACCUCCGUUUGCACUGUGAGAUAGAUGCUCAUCGCGCGCCAUUGGCUGUCUUGACUCUCUCAUGGGGUGGGACUCACAUUGCAACGGCAUCUGAACAAGGGACCAUGAUCAGAGUUCAUCUUGUUUCAGAUGCAACUAAGUCAUAUAGCUUCAGGAGAGGAUCAUACGCUUCAAAUAUCUUUUCUUUGUCAUUCGCCCCAGCAGCAGAACUUCCAGAUAGUCUUCUUGCAACUAGUUCUUCUGGUUCUGUUCAUAUUUUCUCAUUGGGUGCAACCCCAAAUCAAAGGUCUUCUGGACUUCUAGCAUCAAUAAAAGUACCUCACACUAUUAACGAUGCCCUGGAUCCUGCUCAGCACUGCAUACUGCAUCGUGCUGUCCCAGCUGGAGUAAGAAGUAAAACGUUGAUCCGCAAAAUAGAGAAAUUUGACGAGACAGCAACACCAGAACAUGUGGUACUAAGAGCCACUAUAUCUAUGAUCACCUACGGCGGAUACUUCCUGGAGUACAUCUACAACGUCAAUCAUCAGAACAAGUCUUCGUGGACCAUGGAACGGGAAUUCAACCUCUUAACAGCAGAAACAUCCUCGAUAUCAUGAAAUUAAGACUCCGUGCACCAAUCUUCAACUCAUUGAAGCUUUAUUUUAAAGCCGAAAUUACAGCCUGCCCUGCUCUUCAUCCUAUCGGUCGAUGUACAUUUAGAAGAAAGGAUCGAUAGUUUGUCCAGUAGAACGCAAAUGACAAAUUUGUCCAAAAUGUAUAUGUACUGUGUAUAAAACUUUUAAUGUCACUCUAAUUCUGCUCAUGACAGUGCAUCUGUGUAACACAAUUGUAUAGCCAGAAAACUGAGUAGUUAUAUUUCUGUAA